UCUGCCCCCAAGGGACUAUCGGCUGGCGUCAGAAAGCUGAGCUGACGCAGGCUGAGGCAGGAACCUGUUUCUCACAUUCCCGGGGCAGAUGUGCCCAAAUCCAUGACUGGUUCUGGGCUGAGCACAGGAUGGGAAGAGGUUGGACCCUUGAGAGGCAAAAUUAUUCCUACCCACUACUGACAGAAUCACAGAGGCUGCCCUGCCCCCUUAACUGGGCCCCCUGUCACGGGCCUGCUUGGAGAAGAGAGAGGCCACCCAAACCUUCCACCUGGAGUGACCCAGCCCUGGUGCCCAGGUGUGUGGAUGAGGACGGUUCACUUAAUCCAUUUCACAGGGUUCCGCUGCUGCCCGGAGGAGCCACCUAAGGAGCCUCUUGAUCCACAGCUCUCCCUCGCCCUGCCAUGGCCAGCUUUGGGCCAGGCCUCCUGUUGCUGCUGCUGCUGCUGCUGCUGAUCACCCACCCUGGACCCUUGAAGGCUCAGCACUGGUCCCAUGGCUGGUACCCUGGAGGAAAGCGAGCCUCCAGCUCACCCCAGGACCCCCAGCAUGCUCCUAGGCCCCCAGCAGGCAGCCCAGGCCAAAAUGCCCAUGGCCUCCCAAGCGAUGCCCUGGCUCUCCCUGAGGACAGUGUCCCCUGGGAGGGCAAGACCAUGGCCCGGUGGCUCCUCCGCAGGAAGCAGCUCCUGGUGCAGACACUGCUGACCGGACCCCAAGCGCCACGCCCCGCUGCCUUCCAAUAAAGGUGUGAGGUCCCCGAAGGUGUCCUCUCCUUUAUCCCUGCUCUCUCCCACCCCCAGUAAGAUCCUUCUUCGCAUGGAGGCUGGAGGG